UCUCAGCUCCCGACGAGUUCAGUGUUCUAAAACAGAGCUCAACAAUGGCGUCCUCUGCUCUCACUUCCACUCUCACCCCUUCUCCUCCUUCCUCUUCUUCAUCAUUAUUUACAAAAUCACCCAAAUCUCUCUCGCAAUUUCCAUCUUCUUCACCCGCCAUUUCCUUCACUCACAGCUUCAGACCUUUCUCUUCGAAAUCGAAUCUUUUUGUUUCAUCGACGAAGACCACCCCAGGCCUAGUCGUCCGGGUUCAGACGCUUGACUUCUCCGGUUCGUUCUUCGAAGGCGGGAUUGUAUCCGAUGAUGACUCGUCAUCUCCACCGGGGUCAGGCUUGGCCGCCGUGGAGGACAAAGAGGAGCCUCAAUGCCCACCCGGGCUGAGACAGUAUGAGACUAUGGCGGUUUUGAGGCCCGAUAUGUCCGAAGACGAGCGACUUGCGCUUACCCAGAAGUACGAAGAGUUGCUUGUUGCUGGAGGUGGCAUGUACAUUGAGGUUUUCAACAGAGGAGUAAUUCCACUAGCCUAUGGCAUCAAGAGGAAGAACAAAGCUGGAGAGACUAACACUUACUUGGAUGGUAUCUAUCUCCUCUUUACCUAUUUCACUAAACCAGAGUCCGUUGAAGCUUUUGAAGGGGUGCUGAAAACAGACGACGACGUCAUCCGAUCAAUGAGCUUCAAAAUAAGGAAGAGGAAAUAUUAAUUACAGUCCUCCAAUUCAUUUGUGUAGCUUUUUCAGAGAGAAAUAACAAGUUUUGGAAGGGAAAUUAAAUGUUCUAUACUUCUCUGUAAUAUCAUCAUCAUAAGCUCAUGUUGAUCUAAUUUCCAAUGCCUUGUUAUUCAGAUCCUAUUCGUUUUUUUGUAAACAUGGUUGGACUAAUGAAAUAGGACAAAUUUGUAAUUGUGUAAAGUUGCAAAUUCACUGGCUUUCCUUA